AACAAAGCAGCAACGUGUUGCAGUUGAGCCUGCUUCCGCAUGUACCCUGUCUGGCUUGCGGCAUGAGGCUGAGAGGCAAGCGCUGCCCCGUCCCCUCACGUGCCCUUACAGACGAGGGGACUGCCCUCAAGUUGGUUUUGGAGAAGUUGAAAUAUCUUGAUGGAAGCACCACAAACGUGCAAAUAUUUUUAUUCAGAUCCUAGUCCCCGCCUUGCCUGUACCGCUGUCGGCCAGUGGGGAGGGGGGAAGGACUCCUCCUGAGAGGGCAAAGAGAGAGAAGAUGGCAUCCGGGCAGCCUUGCAGCUCUUCCCCAGCUCCAGCCGGAGGGCUCCGCUGCCUGGCCCGGUGAAGCUGUGCCUCUCGGGGAGGGACUGUGGCAGCAGCAACCGCAGGGGAGGAGGAGCCAGAGCUGGCACAGAGCUGUUCCUGCUUUGGGCGAGCGGAUCAUCAUCAGGGCAUCUCCGCGCCGAGGCGCUAGCCGUGCUGGCGAGGCUGCACAGGGACCUGCUCUCUCCCGCUGACCCCUGCCAUUCCCCAGGAUUGCCACAAUGGUAAAAGAGGAUAUUGGAAAUGAGAAUGAAGAGUCUGAGCUGUCAGCAUGUGUGGAAAAUGGCAUGAUUCCCAUGCACGAGAAAAGUAAGGAAGGGCCAACAGUGGACACGAAAGGUACUGAUGGGAAUGUACAAACAGAAGAAACUGCUCUCUUGAAUCAUUGUGCUCAGCAGCCUCAGGACCCGAUAGCAGGACCUUCAACAUCUGCAGGAACAUUGAGGCAAAUAUUUGCCUGUCCUCCUCAAGGUUUACUGGCCCGAAUAGUGACAAAUGUUGUGAUCGUGGUCCUGGUUUGGGCUGUGGUUUGGUCCAUCACUGGGACUGAGUGCCUCCCAGGUGGAAACCUGUUUGGAAUUCUGUUUCUUUAUUUUUUUGCUGUCAUCGGAGGUAAAAUUUUUGGACUCAUUAAAAUACGAACGCUGCCUCCUCUCCCCGCUCUUCUCGGGAUGUUACUUGCUGGUUUUUUCAUCCGAAAUACCCCAGUCAUCAGUGACAUCAUCCAAAUAAACCUUCGGUGGUCUGCGGCAUUGAGGAAUAUUGCUCUUUCCAUUAUCUUGACCCGAGCUGGACUUGGCCUGGAUCCAAAGGCUCUUAAGAAGCUGAAAGCAGUUUGUUUACGGCUGUCUUUUGGACCAUGCAUCUCGGAGACGUGCACAGCUGCUGUUCUUGCCUACUUGUUCAUGCAUUUACCAUGGCAGUGGGGUUUUAUAUUAGGUUUUGUUCUAGGUGCUGUUUCCCCUGCUGUCGUGGUGCCCUCAAUGCUGAUAUUACAAGCAGGGGGAUAUGGGGUGGAGAAAGGUGUCCCAACUCUGCUAAUGGCUGCCGGCAGCAUUGAUGACAUCUUGGCCAUUACAGGUUUCAACACCUGCCUUGGGAUGGCUUUCUCUUCCGGUUCUACUCUGUACAACGUGCUCCGCGGAGUGCUGGAGGUUGCUGUCGGCAUAGCAGCUGGGGGGAUUCUGGGAAUAUUUCUUCGGUAUUUCCCAAGCCAUGAUCAGACAUCUCUGGCAUGGAAGAGAUCGUAUUUUGUUCUGGGUCUGUCCAUGUUUGCUGUUUUUGGCAGCAUCUACUUCGGCUUCCCUGGAUCAGGAGGGCUCUGCACGUUAGUCUUAGCUUUUGUUGCAGGUGUGGGAUGGUCGGAUGAAAAGAGGGCAGUAGAAAAAAUUGUUGCAGUUGCGUGGAAUGUCUUCCAGCCUUUUCUCUUUGGUUUAAUUGGAGCAGAAGUAUCUGUUAUGUCUCUUAGGCCUGAAACUGUUGGGCUCUGUAUUGCAACGUUAGGUAUUGCCCUUGUUGUACGAAUCUUAGCCACGUUCCUGAUGGUGUGCUUCGCUGGGUUUAAUUUCAAGGAGAAAGUAUUUGUCUCGUUGGCGUGGAUCCCCAAAGCCACUGUCCAGGCUGCAAUAGGUUCCCUUGCCCUGGAUACUGCAAGAAGUCAUCAGGAUGAGCAGCUGGAAAAGUAUGGAAUGGAUGUACUGACAGUAGCUUUCUUGGCAAUCUUGAUCACUGCUCCAAUUGGAGCCCUGGUUAUUGGCUUGGCAGGGCCCAGACUUUUGCAGAAGGCUCAAACAAAUAAGGAAGAUGAGGAAGGUGCGGAGGCUGGGGAAGAGCCAGAAACCUGUGAGCGUUCGUAAGAAAGAUGCGUACGGGAAUACAUUCCUUCAGCCCCUGCUACGUUUGAUGAGUAAACACUGUGUGUCUUUAAUCUUUCUGGAGGAAAACAAAACAAGUGUCCGUUAUAUCUGCUAUUUUAAAAGCAGCCCUGGUGGAGUUUUUCUAAAAUAUUUUUAGCUGUUGAUUGUGCCUUAAGAGAUGAAUAAGCUAAACAUACAGUGAAUAGGCUGGCCAGGCAAUGAGUCACCGGAUAAGUUAACAGUCAACAGUUAUUUGAAAUGUGUGGGUGUGAGGCCAGGGAGAGGAGCUGAAUUGUUCGGGCAUGGAGUGGGGUCAUGAGGUGGAAUAUAAACAGAAGAAAAGGGAGAUUAACAUGAUUAACUUUUGGUGGUUGGAACUGGGCUGUGAGAUGACAAGUUCAAAGGCUCAAGAAGUGUGACUUCUGAAUUGGACAGGGCUGUUCACACACAGCGAACAAGUCCGGCCGCUGGGGUUGGUGAUUCCCUCUCCCUCCUCGUUUGGGUUCCAGAACUUGCCCAUAACUCAUGCACUCCUUUAUGCCUUCAAGGGACUGUCAGCUCUAUCACAGCAAGAAACAGCAAGUUGUAUCUAUGUGCUGAAGGAGACAGUUGGCUCUGUCAGGGACUAUGGUAACAUAAGAGUUGCUAGCCCUGGCAAAAGAGCUGAGCUUGAAAUUUGGAUGAGGGUGGCCGGGAGGGUAUGAGGACUGGCGAGGGGGUUGCGUAGGAUUGGGACGGCUGCUGCUUCUUCACCUGUGUAACCCAGCCUUAAGCACAAUACUAUGUAAAGGGAGGGAAAGCUAGCUCAUCAGUCACAGAAGUGCUGUUUCCCGUGUUCUGGUGCUGAUCACUGUAGAACAGAGGGACGAAUUGCAGCACGUGAUCUGGCCUGUCUCACAUCUGCGUUUGGAAAACUGCAGCAAGGUAAAACAGAUACUUGCUAAAUCUGUAUAGUCAGUUAGUGCUCAUUUUUGCAAGAGGUAGCUAGCUGGGUUGACUGUGGACAAUGGAGGCCUCUCAGAUGCAGCAGAGCGUUUUUACCUCUUAUUCAUGCAGAAAAAUGAUAGAACUUGAAAUGAACAGCCUUGAAAAUCCAGUGCUGAGAGGAACAGUACAAACCAAACAGAGGCUCACCUCACCUUCCUUCAAAAAGGCUACUAUGUGAAGGCAGGCAUCCUGAGGGGAGUCAGUGUUAGGGAUGCAGUGCUAGCGCGCUCAGGAUAUCUGCACAGGUGACGUGGGUCUUUCUAGACAUGCAAGUUCCAUGCAGCUGUGGAUCACAGUAAUGACUGGCAACACUCAUCUUGAGUCUCUUGCCAAAACAUUUCACCAGGGGGAGCAAAAAGCUCAAAUUUUUUUCCUUCAUUCUACUUAAUAGAGAUGCUUCCUGCACAGUCAGUGCAAUAUUGUUGACAUUUGAUUUUUCCGGUAUAACCUGUUACAGCUUGCUUCCUCUUUUCCUUGACUGCCCUAAAAUCAGAAGUAAACUCCUUUGCUGAUCAAAAUCCUGCUCUUGCCUUUAGCUUUGGUACCGGUCAGGUUUUAUUACUGUCUGUUACAGGUAACAGCAAAUCUUUCCUAUUCUGCUACGUUUUGUACCACGGAAUAGCAACGUAACUAGCCCGGAGUAGGUCAUUCCCUGCUCCAGCUCUAAGGCAUGGAGUCAAUACAGCAUCCUGGCGUCAAUAUAGCAUCCUUCAGAAACAGGGAUUUUUAUUUACUUAUUUUUUUUAAUGAGGAAAUGUUAAAUUAUGCCUGAAAUUGAAGUGGACAGUGGCUGCCUGUGGAGUUCUACACUACAAUAUAUUGAACUGAUUGUACAAGAUACUGUAUAGAAUGAUGUAUCCAGAAAUGUUGGUAUCUGUAAGUAGGAGUAAUCACUUAUUUUAGCUCUUAUAUUUUUAACAAGUAAUGUAAAAAAGUCAGAAAGUGGUUUUAAAAGAAAACUGUCACACAUUUCUGAAACUGUAUUAUUCGCAGAGUGUAUGUGUAUACUUGUGUGUACAGAAAAAUUAUAGCGCAGUAUACAUGCCUUUUGUAUAUGCCUUCCUUUCCAAGCCAAAAGGCAAGCUUCCUGAAAAAUACUGAAGGUUCAUAGCCUGUAACUUCACUGCAGUGAAGUUCUUUGGUAAGUUUUCUCCUAACGUUUGUAAAGUACAACUAUUAAUUUUCACCAAGUUUCCUUACCAUACAUGUUACUGUUCUCGCUGUUUCCAUAUGGAAUGUACAAUCUUUAGUUAGUUCAGUUUGUCCUCAUCCCCUUACCAGAAAGGAGGAUGCUUUCAAACUGUGCAGAUUGAAGGGCUGCCGUGCUGCACUUCCUGGUUACUGUAUCAACCAUUGACUUCUGUGCAUGUUCUCUGCCCUUUGAAUGGCUAAGGGAAGGCACUCAGUUACUUAAAUAGGGGUAGCUUCAUGUAUCUGGAAAUUGUAAUAGCUGUGGAGGUGUUACCUAAUUGAUAAAAUGAGGGAUUAUGGUGUUCAGUUCAUCUGUGGCUGUUUGUAAAACAAUGCGUUUGAAAUGGAGGUAAAUGGUAGUAGAAGCUGUAUGUGUUGUAUGUGUUUUAUAAAUUUAUAUGUUCCCUGAACCUGUCUCAAUGCAGUCUCCCAAUGUAUUCGUUAGAAUCAUUCCCACCAUUCUGAAUGCUUGAAUAGCUGUACUGAAAGCAUCUUGUUUUCUAAUCUAAACUCCAUCAAAUCAGCUUUCCUUUUCUCCCUGCCCUAUGUGUAUAUUUCUUCCUAGACCUCCAUCCCCAACCCUUAUUAAAUCUUGAACAAGAAUCAGCUGGAAGCUAUUAUGUUGUCCUGCAGCUGUAAAAUUAAAAGCAUUAAUGCUU